AUGUGUAGAUCGGCAUGGUGCCUCUCGAUCGUGUUGCUGUUCAGGGGCGCUGCCGGACAGAUUUACACCUUCGAGAAGGUGCCUCUGCCAGAGCCAAGAUCACUGCAUACACUGUAUGCAUUUUAUGUGUUUUCUCAUCAGGAUGCACCUGAGAGGACGCUCGGCCAGCCAAUGAUGAGAUUUCACAAUCUCAUGUUUACAGCCAACGACCCGGCAGACGCUGAUAAAGCUAGAGGCUACACUGGUGUGCAGUUGAGCAUCCUGCCCUACAGAAGCUUCUGGAAACUCAUUCAGCCGGACAAGUUCUGCUCAAACGCAGAAGAUGUGCAAGCAGGGCGCGCAAAAGAAGCGAACAAGCUGUUGACGCAAAAGCCACUAGGAAGUUCAGACGACGACGUGAACUUGUACUCCCACACUGUGACAUUCGACACGGCCACAGACUUGCCGUUGAGAGUGAACUCCACCGGGGUCUACAUUCUCGUUUUCUCGAACUGCGGUGACUUCAAAGAUGGGGAGGUCAGCGGCAGUGUCAUUGCAAAGAAUUCAUACGGGUUCCUUCCUGGCAAUGAGUACUACAAGAUGCCAUUCUACGGAUGGCUCUCCAUAGCCUACUGCGCACUGGCCAGUGUUUGGAUGUGCCUGUCAUUGCGGUACUGGAGGGAGCUAUUUCACAUCCAGUACUGCAUCGCAGCCGUCAUCCUGCUUGGUCUGGUGGAGGCCUUCCUCCAAUGGAGAUUCUUCAUGGACUGGAACGAAUCUGGACUGCGGGGCAGGUUCGUGUUUGUCCUGGCUAUCCUGGCCACGGUAGUGAAGUCAAUAUUCUCCUACAUGCUUGUUCUGGUGGCGUCCCUGGGGUGGGGCGUGACGCGCCCUUACCUGGAUCAGCCAACGAUCCUCAAGGUCCAGGGGCUCUCCUUCUUGUACAUCGUUCUGGACUUUGUCCGCGAAUCAGCUCUGUCAUUCAGGAACAGCCACUCCCUUUCCAUAGCUUUUGUCAUGCUCUGCCUACUGCCGGUAGCCCUGCUGAAUGGCAUCAUCUUCUACUGGAUUUUCACAGCGCUGUCCUCCUUGAUAGAGGUGCUUGCAGAGCGCAAGCAGGUAGAAAAGCUGAUACUUUUCCAGCGCCUGUGGAAGAUUCUGGUAGCCGCUCUGAGCCUGGCCUCCUUGAGCUUGCUCUACCAGCUCUUCGACCUGUCCCGCAGCAUAAGUCAGAGAUGGCACUAUCAAUGGUUCUUCGCAGAUGGAGUUUCCCACAUCCUCUUCUGCAUGGUACUGGCAGCCAUCAUGUUCCUCUGGGCGCCACAUACAAACAGCCAAAGAUAUGCCUACAAGCAGGUAGAGGAUGCAGACGGCGAGACCUCCAAGAUCACGGGGGGCAAAGACGUGUGGGCGGACGAGGGCGGCCUCGACGAGGAGGAGGAUGACUCCUUCUGGGCCUCUACACACGCAAAGCCGUGGUGGCCUUAUUCUAGGGGUUAUAUUGGGUUUAUGUGGGUGUAG